GUCUGACACAUCCUCAGCGCAGCCGGGCGUUAGAGGUGAGUUUGCCUGCCUUCCUUUAAGCCGUUCAAACCGGGGGGGAUUUAUUCUCCUCUCCGGGCUGCUGGAGAGCGGUUAGUGGCGUGUUUACGCAGACUACCAACACACCGCAGCGGGGAUAACUUUUAACGCACCCUUCACACAGGCGUGGUGCUUUUCUUUUUUCUUGCUUCAUCUCCGUUUCUUACCGGCUUCCUGCACGUUUUACGACGGGAGGACGGUGCACUCUUCUGCUCCUCACACUCUCAACGCGAUAGACGUAGGGCAGGAAAAGGAGAUUCAGAGAGGCGCUGUUGCCCUGAAGAGAGGCAGAAAGACGGACGACGACUUCUUUCACAUUUCUCAUCUACAGGGGACGGGCCAGGAGGGGAGAAAGAUGCCGAAACCUAUCAAUGUGCGCGUCACCACCAUGGACGCUGAGCUGGAGUUUGCCAUCCAGCCCAACACGACAGGCAAACAGCUCUUCGACCAGGUGGUGAAGACUGUGGGUCUGAGGGAGGUGUGGUUCUUCGGGCUGCAGUACACCGACAGUAAAGGCUACAUCACGUGGCUCAAGCUCAACAAGAAGGUGACGCAGCAGGACGUGAAGAAGGAGAAUCCUCUGCAGUUCAAGUUCAGAGCAAAGUUUUUCCCCGAGGACGUUUCUGAGGAGCUCAUCCAGGAGAUCACACAGAAACUCUUCUUCCUGCAGGUGAAAGAGGCCAUUCUGAACGAUGAGAACUACUGCCCUCCGGAGACCGCCGUGCUCGUGGCCUCCUACGCCGUCCAGGCGAAGUACGGAGAUUACAACAAAGACCUUCACAAGCCCGGCUACCUGGCCUCCGACCGGCUACUGCCACAAAGAGUUCUGGAGCAACACAAGCUGACAAAGGAGCAAUGGGAGGACAGAAUACAGACCUGGCAUGAGGAACACAGAAGCCUGCUCAGGGAGGAUGCAAUGAUGGAGUACCUGAAGAUAGCUCAGGAUUUGGAGAUGUACGGUGUAAACUACUUUGAAAUAAAAAACAAGAAGGGCACAGAGCUGUGGCUGGGGGUCGACGCGCUGGGACUCAACAUCUACGAGCACGAAGACAAGUUGUCACCAAAGAUCGGCUUCCCCUGGAGUGAGAUCAGAAACAUCUCCUUCAACGACAAGAAGUUUGUCAUCAAGCCCAUCGACAAGAAAGCCCCAGACUUUGUUUUCUACGCCCCUCGUUUGCGGAUCAACAAGCGCAUCCUGGCGUUGUGCAUGGGAAACCACGAGUUGUACAUGAGGAGGAGGAAGCCCGACACCAUCGAGGUGCAGCAGAUGAAGGCUCAGGCCCGGGAGGAGAAGCACCACAAACAGAUGGAGAGAGCUCAGCUGGAGAACGAGAAGAAGAAACGCGAACAUGCGGAGAAGGAGAAAGAGCGGAUAGAGCGAGAGAAGGACGAGCUGAUCGAGAGGCUGAGGCAGAUCGAAGGGCAGACGCAGAGAGCUCAGAAAGAGCUGGAGGAGCAGACCCGCCGGGCGCUGGAGCUGGAGCAAGAGAGGAAGCGGGCGAAGGAGGAGGCCGAGCGACUGGAGAAGGAGAGGCAGGCGGCCGAGGAGGCCAAGGCAGCGCUUGCUCAGCAGGCUGCAGACCAGAUGAAGAACCAGGAGCAACUGGCUGCUGAGUUAGCGGAGUUCACUGCCAAAAUCGCUCUGCUUGAGGAAGCCAAGAGGAAAAAAGAAGACGAAGCGACAGAAUGGCAACACAAAGCGUUGUCAGCACAGGACGACUUGGAGAAGACGAGGGAGGAGCUGAAGUCGGCCAUGACGUCUCCGCCGGCGCCAGAAAACGACGAGGAAGACGAAACGACCGCUGAGGCGAGCGCCGAGCUCCUCAGCGACGGCGUCAUCCACCGCAGCGAAGAGGAGCGCAUCACUGAGGCGCAGAAGAACGAGCGCGUCAAGAAACAACUCCAAGCUCUGAGUUCAGAGUUGGCCGAGGCCCGUGAUGACACCAAGAAGACCCAGAACGACAUGCUGCACGCCGAGAACGUCAGGGCAGGCAGAGACAAAUACAAAACCCUGCGCCAGAUCCGCCAGGGCAACACCAAGCAGCGCAUCGAUGAGUUUGAGUCCAUGUGAGCCGAAGUGGAAGAAGGGUGGACACCACGAUGAAAAGAAAAGGGACCGUUUAGUCUCCUUUGCCAUGUUAACGCCUCACCAACACCUGCUGCCACCCCAGGAACUCCUGAUGUUAUUUUUCUAUCCAGGAGAAAGACCGGCUAACGGGCUUUGUAGCUACGCCAAAGCUCUGCCUAUAGCACACUGCUUCCUGCUUUUUAGAGCUCUGCCCCCGUCCCCUCCCCAACGAAGCACACGUCUUUUAAUCCGUCGGGAAAAUAGCAAGCAACGUAUCCUUGCAUCGACCUGGACCUCUCCCCCCUUUUUGACAGUUUUAAAGCUUGCAUGUAUGAUAGUUAAACGACAGGACCUGUAAACUCAACGGGAGAGCGGGUUGAUGUCGUGCUUUUACUCAACAAAAUGAAAAGGCCAUUUGUAGCUUGUGGAUGUUGCCGGCACGGUUGUCCGUAACGCUUUAAUAUCUGUACCUUCCUUUCAUGUCACCAAUUUAAAUCAUUGUUUCAAAAAGAAAACCUGCCUUAUCGUCUCAUUUCCUCUCAGUCUGGUGUUUCCUGUUGUGGUUUUGUGUUGGGGAAGUCACUCUUCUUCUGUCAAUAUCAUCUUCCUUCAUCUUGAAUGGCUUCCAGUUUGCAAAUGCUCACUCAGAUUUGCUUAUUUCACAUUCUGACUGAGCCGGCAUUCAUUAAGACAUUUGUGCAAAUAUGUAUUUUGCCCCCACAAUAAAGAAUGAGUUUAUAUUUCUAACUAUGAAGCCACAGUAUGAUGAUGAUGAUGAUGAUGAUGAUGAUGAGUCCGGACUGAGGUAGAUUGGGAUUUAUUCAUAGCAGAUUUGUGUUGGAUAUAAAUGUUGGAAACCUGACGCCUGUGUGUCAUCCAUUACUUUUUUUGUUAGUGUUUGACUUUGCGUAGAUUUCGAGACAAGUGAACCCAUUUCUAGAUUUUAAGACUCCACUUUAUUGAGAUGAAAGGAAACUCACACCAGGAACCCAUGAAAGCUUGAGUAGGGCUUUUAUUGCUUACUUUUACAUCACACACAAGAACAGUCAACAUUUGGCCAUAGUUUUCCCAGAGUCUGUAGGUAUGACAGGUUGGUUUUUCGUGCUUCAGUUUUGGGUUUCAUUGCCUAAAGCUCAGUAAAGUUCAACGUGCCUGAAGCAUCAGACAUCACAGAGACCAAAAGACAUGUUUUCAUACAAUAAUAAAUACACAAGAUGAAGAAAAAGACCAGGUAAUAAAACAUGUUUGUGGAAAAUAAAUUCACCCUAACCCUUUUUUGCAAUUUAAAGCAAUGCCUUCGUAUUGUACCCAAAAACACAGUUACUUCUGACUGGGCUUAAUCAAUAUCCCUUAUAAAUCAGCACAGUUGUACACAGGACUUUGGAAUAAAACUCAGUGAAACAGCA